UCUGCUCACUUCUAACUUCCUGUCGUCAUCAAGUUGAUCUACUUUUUUAAGUCACUGCUGUACCUGAAGUGCCGCUCCUGUCCGCCCCAGCGCACAGGUGGAGCAGCCAUGUCCACUGGCUCUGUUGCAAGUGAUGCUGAGGACUAUGAGACAUGCCACAGGAGGACUGCACGGAAGAUUACCUGUUUUAAUACCAGCAGGUACUCGGAUGAGGAGUUGGAGGAUGACGCUUUGGAGGUGGGGAUCAAGCCCGAGCGCAAACUGUCCAAAGCGCACCAGAAGGACGCGCGGCAGACGCAGAGGAACGCGGCCAACGCUCGAGAGAGGGCGCGGAUGAGAGUGCUGAGCAAGGCGUUCUCCAGACUAAAAACCAGCCUGCCUUGGGUACCUGCGGACACCAAACUAUCCAAAUUGGACACGCUUCGACUCGCCUCGAGCUACAUCUCUCACCUGAGACAGCUCCUGCAGGAGGACCGAUUCGAGAGGAGCUUUGCGCACCCAGUCAACCUGGUAUGA